AUGGUGUUUGAAGUGGUGACCUCAGGGCAUCGCGGCCUGCUGGCCAUCAAAGACGUAGUGCUCCAGGGCCACCAGUGCAGUAAGUCCCCCUACACACACACACACACACCCCUCCCCUCUCCGCCCGCCGACAUAAAAAACAUCAUCAAACUAUCCUUGUCCUUUUCCUGACACCUCCAGAUAUCAGUACGGAGACAGAGACACUGUAUCUUUCUCAAGGUGUUAGGAACACACAACAACAGGCCUUUGCAAUGGAUAGAAAACACACACUCACGCGAGCACACACACCUCCCUCCCUCCCUCCCCUUCCUCCCUCCCUCCCUCCCACCCUCCCUCCCUCCCUCCUGAACAAUAUUUAUAGCUAUAGUUGACACACAUAAAGCCUGUUGAGAAUCUACUGCUGAAGUGGCUCUGUUAAAUCUGUCCUUUGAGAGAGGGAACGAGAGAGAGAGGAAACGAGAGAGAGAGGGAGAGAGAGAGAGAGAGGAGAGAGAGGAGAGAGGAGAGAGGAGGGGAGAGAGAGAGAGAGGAGAGAGAGAAGAAAGAGAGAGAGAGGAGGAGAGAGAGAGAGAAGAGAGAGAGAGAGAGGAAGAGAGAGAGAGAGAGAGAAGUGAAGAAGAGAGGUGACAUGCCAUUAUGUGCAUAGCUAUUUUUGUUAUCCUCCAAUUAUUGUCUUUUCUAAAUGGCACCAUCUUGCUAUCAUCUUGUCAAUUAUACUGUCCUAUUAUCCUCUGUCUAUUAUCCCUGCCAUCUAUCCUAGUCCUAUCUAUCCUCUGUCCUAUCUAUCCGCUCUGUCUGGAUUCUUCUAUCCUAUGUCCUAUCUCUCCUCUGUCUUCUAUCCUCUGUCCUAUCUAUCCUCUGUCCUCUCUACCUCUGUCCUAUCCCUUUCCUAUCCUCUGUCCUAUCUAUCCUCUGUCCGUCUAUCCCUGUCCUAUCUAUCCUCUGUCCUAUCGUCGCUGUCCUAUCUAUCCCCUGUCCUAUCUAUCCCUGUCCCUAUCAUCCUCUGUCCUAUCUAUCCUCUGGUCUUCUAUCCCUCUUCCAUCUAUCCUCCUGUCCUAUCUAUCCUCUGUCCUAUCUAUCCUCUGUCCUACUAUCCUCUGGUCUAUCUAUCCUCUGUCCUAUCCACCUCUGUCUAUCUAUCCUCUGUCCUAUCUAAUCCCUCUUCCUAUCUAUCCUCUGUCCUUAUCCUCUGUCCUAUUCCUCUGUCCUAAUCCUCUGUCCUAUUCUAUCCUCUGUCCUAUCUAUCCUCUGGUCUAUCUAUCCUCUGUCUAUCUAUCCUCUGUCCUAUCUAUCCUCUGUCCUAUCUAUCCUCUGUCCUAUCUAUCUCUGGUACUAUCUAUCCUCUGGUCUAUCUAUCCUCUGUCCUAUCUAUCCUCUGUCCUAUACUAUCCUCUGUCCUAUAUAUCUCUGUCUAUCUAUCUAUCCUCUGUCUAUUAUCCUCUGUCUAUCUAUCCUCUGUCCUAUCUAUCCUCUGUCCUAUCUAUCCUCUGUCCUAUCUAUCACCUGGUCUAUCUAUCCUCUGUCCUAUCUAUCCUCUGUCCUAUUAUCCUCUGUCUAUCUAUCCUCUGUCUAUCUAUCCUCAUGCUAUCCUCUGUCCUAUUAUCCUCUGUCCUAUCUAUCUCUGGUCUAUCUAUCCUUGUCUAUCUAUCCUAUGUCCUAUUAUCCUUGUCUAUCUAUCCUCUGUCCUAUCUAUCCUCUGUCCUAUCUAUCCUUGGUCUAUCUCAUGUCCUAUCAUCUGUCCUAUCUAUCCUCUGUCUAUCUAUAUCCUGUCCUAUCUAUCCUCUGGUCUAUCUAUCUCUGUCCUAUCUAUCCUCUGUCUACUAUCCUCUGUACUAUCUAUCUCUGUCCUAUCUUCCUCUGUCCUAUCUAUCCUCUGUCCUAUCUAUCCUCUGUCCUAUCUAUCCCCUGUCCUAUCUAUCCCCUGUCCUAUCUAUCCUCUGUCCUAUCUAUCCUCUGGUCUAUCUAUCCUCUGUCCUAUCUAUCCUUGGUCUAUCUAUCCUCUGUCCUAUCUAUCCUCUGUCCUAUCUAUCCUCUGUCCUAUCUAUCCUCUGGUCAUCUAUCCUCUGUCCUAUCUAUCCUCUGUCUAUCUAUCCUCUGUCCAUAUCUAUUACUUGUCACUAUCUAUCUCUGUCCAUAUCUAUCCUCUGUCUAUCUAUCUCUGGUCUAUCUAUCCUCUGUCAUCUAUCCUCUGUCCUAUCUAUCCCUGUCCUAUCUAUCCUCUGUCCUAUCUAUCCUCUGUUCUAUCUAUCCUCUGUCCUAUCCUCUGUCCUAUCUAUCCUCUGUCCUAUCUAUCCUCUGUCCUAUCUAUCCUCUGUCUAUCUAUCCUCUGUCCUAUCUAUCCUCUGUCCUAUCUAUCCUCUGUCCUAUCUAUUCCUCUGUCCUAUCUAUCCUCUGUCCUAUCUAUCCUCUGGUCUAUCUAUCCUCUGUCCUAUCUAUCCUCUGGUCAUAUCUAUCCUCUGGUCCUAUCUAUCCUCUGUCCUAUCUAUCUUGUCCUAUCAUCUCUGUCCUAUCUAUCCUCUGGUCUAUCUAUCCUCUGGUCUAUCUAUCCUUGGUCUAUCUAUCCUCUGUCCUAUCUAUCUCUGUCUAUCUCUGUCCUAUCUACCUCUGUCCUAUCAUCCUCUGGUCUAUCUAUCCUUGUCUAUCUAUCCUCUGGUCUAUCUAUCUUGUCUAUCUAUCCUUGUCUAUCUAUCCUCGGUCUAUCUAUCCUAUGGUCUAUCUACUCUGGUCUAUCUAUCUUGUCUAUCACUCUGUCCUAUCCUCUGUCCUAUUAUCCUCUGGUCUAUCUAUCCUCUGUCCUAUCUAUCCUCUGUCUAUCUAUCUCUUGGUCUAUCUAUCCUCUGUCUAUCUAUCCUCUGGUCUAUCUAUCCUCUGGUCUAUCUAUCCUCUGUCUAUCUAUCCUCUGUCCUAUCUCUGUCCUAUCCUUGUCCUAUCUAUCUUGUCUAUCUUCCUGGUCUAUCUAUCCUUGUCUAUUAUCCUCUGGUCAUCUAUCCUCUGGUCCUAUCUAUCCUCUGUCUAUCUAUCCUUCUGUCUAUUAUCCUCUGUCUAUCUAUCCUCUGGCUAUCUAUCCUCUGUCUAUCUAUCCUCUGGUCUAUUAUCUCUGGUCUAUCUAUCCUCUGUCCUAUCUAUCUUGUCCUAUCUAUCCUUGUCCUAUCUAUCUCUGGUCUAUCUAUCCUCUGGUCUAUCUAUCCUCUGUCCUAUCUAUCCUCUGUCCUAUCUAUCCUCUGUCCUAUCUAUCCUCUGGUCUAUCUAUCCUCUGUCCUAUCUAUCCUCUGUCCUAUCUAUCCUCUGUCCUAUCUAUCCUCUGUCCUAUCUAUCCUCUGUCCUAUCCUCUGUCCUAUCCUCUGUCCUAUCUAUCCUCUGUCCUAUCUAUCCUCUGUCCUAUCCUCUGUCCUAUCCUCUGUCCUAUCUAUCCUCUGGUCUCUCAAAUUGAACUGUGAGCACUAAGCUAUGCUACUCAGUCUGAAUAGGACUCACCAGCAGCUCUUCAAGUGCUGCGUUGGUUGAGCUAAUGAACAUUGAGCAACAUGCAGUAAUGGCUGCUAAAUACUGAAACCCAAAGAUGCUGGUGUAUUUAGGUUGAUCACACUGUGUGUGUGUGUAUAGAAAGAGACUAGUAAUCUACAUAGAGGAUUUAGGUCUAUUCAUACCCUCAAGAUCAAUUUAUUUCAACUUACUUUGUCAAAAUAAUCAUGUUGCUUCUAAGUGGCAGGUUGGUUGGAUUAGGAAAAAGUUUACAACGUAGACAGUUUUUUGUCUAAUUUUAAUCCAGAUUUCAACCACUAAUCAACUAUAGCAUUUGAAAUGUUGGUUCAUUUAAAGUUGAAUGAACCUAAUUUCACGUAAUUUUUCAAAACUCAAUCGAAUAUAAACCAAAAUUGCAUGUUGGUUGAUCAGACUUACUUGACUUGGUAGGUAGCAGGCUAUAAGAUGCAGAGUGAGGGUUUCUGCAUGUACCACAGCCUGCCCUAUGCUACUGCUGAACAUAUUUACAUUUACGUCAUUUAUAGCAGACGCUCUUAUCCAGAGCGACUUACAUGAGCAAUUAGGGUUAAGUGCCUUGCUUAAGGGCACAUCGCCAGAUUUUUCACCUAGUCGGCUCGGGGAUUAGAACCAGCGACCUUUCGGUUACUGGCACAACGCUCUCAACCACUAAGCUACCUGCCGCCCUAUGCUACUGCUGAACAUAUUUACAUUUUAGUCAUUUAUAGCAGACGCUCUUAUCCAGAGCGAUUUACAGUUAAGUGAGCGCAUACAUUUUCCAUACUGGCCCCCACGUGGGAACCGAACCCACAACCCUGGCGUUGUGUGUUAUCAAUCAUGUGUCUCAGGUACACGUGUUUCUAGGUGUUGAGGGAAGAGCUAUGUUCUGUUUAGUACCACAGCCUGGGAGUCUCGUGUUCUUUAAGGCCAUCCCAGGUGUGUGCUAUGGUUAGAUGCUUCACAAAUGGUACGGCCAGAGCCAUCUACAUCACAUACAGUAUGUUCUGCAAUCUACAGCCCUAAUGGUAAGACCCUGCAAUCUAAGGCCCCAUAGCUGCAAUCUCAGCUGCAAUCAACAACACCACGGUUAUCCGUCAAUUAAUCAAUGGCUAGCUUUCUAGCUUUAAUUAUCAAUGCUGUAUCAGGGGCGGCAGGUAGCUUAGUGGUUAAGAGCGUUGUGCCAGUAACCGAAAGGUAGCUGGUUCUAAUCCCCGAGCCGACUAGGUGAUAAAUCUGUCGAUGUGCCCUUGAGCAAGGCACUUAACCCUCCUGUAAGUCGCUCUCGAUAAGAGCGUCUGCUAAACGUUUUAUUUAUUAUUAAUAUUAUAUCACACAGAGCACAGGUUGUUGUAUGUACAUAAUCUGGUGACCACAGGAUCAAGCAGCUGAAUUCCUACAAAUGUUAUGUCAAAGAGAAGGAUUUCCAUAGUAAGGGACAAGGUUCUGCGCCGCAUACAAAUGUAGCAGAAGCAGAUCAAUGAAAACACUUGUCACCACGACGACGACGACGUGAUAGAUGUUAAAUGUAGAAAUGUGAACGGAUCAAUACGCCACUUAGGGAGUGGUGAUCGGGUUUCUCUCUGAGUGAUACUCAUACGCUGCAUUGAUCAAGGGGUGUAUCCCAAAUGGCAACCCUAUUCACUAUAUAGUGCACUACAUUUAACCAGAGCCAAAAGUAGUGCACUAUGUAGGGAAUAGGGUGCUAUUUGGGAUACAGCAUAGGGUCCUAGUGGAGCAGAGGCAAUUCAUUUUGUGUUUAAUACGACCGUGUGAGAUAUGGGCUAGCUCUGAGAUGUGAUUAGCACUGCCUGUGUGGUCCAUCACCUCCCCUUACGACGCAGCAUUUAAAAAGACAUUAGCAAACGAUGAGAAAAAUGGAUUUGUCUGGUUUGGCAUUUAGAGGAGGAUUGACAGGUCACAGUGGCUGACAGUAGGUCUACUAUAAAGGUUUCUAAUGAAAUAUAUCAUAUAGAAUUAUAUACAUGUUAUAAGUAGGAAAAGAUUUGAUGAAAGAUGAAAAGUGAAAUGAUACAAUUAACUUAGUGAGGGUCUUUGGAGAGUUGCUUGUGUUUCUACCUAACUAAUCAAGGGCAGAUGUUGAAUUGUCCUGGUUUUUCUCCUUACAUAAUGGGGGGUACAGUGAAGUACAUGUUCAAAUUAUACUUCUGCAUUAAAUGGUUUUAUGAUAUAUCUGGAUUGGAUCAUGAAUCCCUGUUAUUAUAAAGACAUGCAGUAACAGUAUCCACAGUAUGUAAUGCUUUGUUGUAGACUCUAACCCCAUGAGAAACUGAGUAGUGAGGUAUUGACAUUAAGUCUGUGAAGGGUAUACCGUAAUAUGAACAUAAAGCCUUUAACAUUGAUCCUAAUAUACUUGAUAUGCAUGUGUUUUCCUAGUGAACACCCCCUCACAAUAAAGGACAUAGAGGUUUAGGUUUAUAUAUAUAUGUGUGUGUGUAUUUAUAGUGAACACCCCUCAUUUUCAUUCAAAUUAAAUCACCCUUUCAUUUUUUUACAUUUUAGUCAUUUAGCAGACGCUCUUAUCCAGAGCGACUUACAGGAGCAAUUAGGGUUAAGUGCCUUGCUCAAGGGCACAUCGACAGAUUUUUCACCUAGUCGGCUCGGGGAUUAGAACCAACGACCUUACGGUUAUUGCCACAACUACCUGCCGCCCCUCACUUCCUGACAAUAAAGGACAUAGAGGUUUAGGUUUAUAUAUAUAUUUAUGUAUAUUAAUAUAUAUAUGUAUGUAUGUGUGUGUGUGUGUGUGUGUGUGUGUGUGUGUGUGUGUGUGUGUGUGUGUGUGUGUGUGUGUGUGUGUGUGUGUGUGUGUGUGUGUGUGUGUGUUUGUGUAUUUAUAGUGAACACCCCUCACUUCCUGACCAUAAAGGGUGUAGAGGUCAAUGCUGGACAGACGGCCGCCUUCCACUGUACUGUCAACGGACGACAGAGAGACAACUUCAACCUCUGGUUACAGGUAACAAUGUUUACCCAAAAUCUCCAACUCAGUUCCUGUUGUGCAGGCUUUUGUUCUAGCCCAGCACAUAAAAUAGUAGUUGAUAUUGAUUAUUUGAACUAGACAUUACUGCUGGGUUGGAACAAGAUUUUAGCGGUAGUAGGUUUCACUAAAUCAAACCCUAGCCUACACUCUUAGAAAAAAGGUGCUAUCUGGAACCUAAAAGGGUUAUUCGGCUGUCCCCAUAGGACAGGGCGCCCCAAAAGGCGGCCCGCGGGCCGAAUUUGCUGUCUACAAAUUAUUUGUAAUUAUGUUCCGGCCCCCUGACCAUUCGCUCAAGAAAAAAAAUCGUCCUGCAGGCUGAAUGUAGUUGAUUAUCCCUGCUAUAGGAGAACCCUUUGAAUAACCUUUUUUUUUGUUCCAGGUAGAACUCUUUUGGUUUCUAAAAAGGGUUCUACCUGGAACCAAAAAAUGGUUAUCCUAUGGGGACAGCCGAAGAACCCUUUUGUAACCAGUUUUUUCUAAGCGUGUAGGUGAUUCAGGUCCCAUAACAUAUGGUCUUUCAACGUGCAAAGAAAGCCUUAUGAGUCUGGCAACACUAUUGUAACAUACAUCAGCAAUUGUGGGUUCGAUUACAGGCUCAAAAUGGCCAGAAACAAAUAACUUUCUUCUGAAACUCGUCAGUCUAUUCUUGUUCUGAGAAAUGAAGGCUAUUCCGUGCGAGAAAUUGCCAAGAAACUGAAGAUCUCGUACAACGCUGUGUACUACUCCCUUCACAGAACAGCGCAAACUGGCUCUAACCAGAAUAGAAAGAGGAGUGGGAGGCCCCGGUACAUUUAUAUACACUACAUGACCAAAAUUAUGUGGAUACCUGGUCGUCGAACAUCUCAUUCCAAAAUCAUGGGCAUUAAUAUGGAGUUGGUCUCCCCCUUUGCUGCUAUGACAGCCUCCACUCUUCUGGGAAGGCUUUCCACUAGAUGUUGGAACAUUGCUGCGGGGGACUUCCAUUCAGCCACAAGAGCAUUAGUGAGGUUGGGCACUGAUGUUGGGCGAUUAGGCCUGGCUCGCAGUCAGCGUUCCAAUUCAUCCCAAAGGUGUUCGAUGGGGUUGAGGUCAGGGCUCUGUGCAGGCCAGUCAAGUUUGUCCACACCGAUCUCGACAAACCGUUUCUGUAUGGACCUCGCUCUGUGCACGGGGGCAUUGUCAUGCUGAAACAGGAAAGGGCCUUCCCCAAACUGUUGCCACAAAGUUGGAAGCACAGAAUCGUCUAGAAUGUCAUUGUAUGCUGUAGCGUUAAGAUUUCCCUUCACUGGAACUAAGGAUCCUAGCCCGAACCAUGCAAAACAGCCCCAGACCAUUAUUCCUCCUCCACCAAACUUUACAGCUGGCACUAUGCAUUGGGGCAGGUAGCGUUUUCCUGGCAUCCGCCAAACCCAGAUUAGUCCGUCGGACUGCCAGAUGGUGAAGCGUGAUUCAUCACUCCAGAGAACACGUUUCCACUGCUCCAGAGUCCAAUGGUGGCAAGCUUUACACCACUCCAGUCAACACUUGGCAUUGCACGUGGUGAUCUUAGGCUUGUGUGCGGCUGCUCGGCCAUGGAAACACAUUUCAUGAAGCUCCCGACGAACAGUUAUUUUGCUGACGUUGCUUCCAGAGGCAGUUUGGAACUAGGUAUUGAGUGUUGCAACCGAGGAUUUUUUUUUUUACGCACUACACCCCUCGGCGGUCCCGUUCUGUGAGCUUGUGCUCCUAGACGUUUCCAUUUCACAAUAACAGCACUUACAGUUGACCGAACAAGCUCUAGCAGGGCAGAAAUUUGAUGAACUGACUUGUUGGAAAGGUGGCAUCCUAUGACGGUGCCACGUUGAAAGUCACUGAGCUCUUCAGUAAGGCCAUUCUACUGCCAGUGUUUGUCUAUGGAGAUUGCAUGGCUGUGUGCUCGAUUUUAUACACCUGUCAGCAACGGGUGUGGCUGAAAUAGCCAAAUCCACUAAUUUGAAGGGGUGUCCACAUACCUUUGUAUAUAUAGUGUAUAUAGCCUUCAGUAUUUAUAUAUGGUAUAUAAACUAUACCCUACAGUAUUUAUAUAUAUAUAUGGUACAUACAGUGAAUAAACUGAAAUAUGAAUUUACAUAAGUAUUCAGACUCUUUACUCAGUACUUUGUUGAAUUACCUUUGGCAGCGAUUACAGCCUCGAGUCUUCUUGGGUAUGACACAACAAGAUUGCCACACCUGAAUUUGGGGAGUUUCUCCCAUUCUUCUCUGCAGAUUCUCUCAAGCUCUAUCAGGUUGGAUGGGGAGUAUCGCUGCACAGCAAUUUUCAGGUCUCUCCAGAGAUGUUCAUUCGGGUUCAAGUCCGGGGUCUGGCUGGGCCACUCAAGGACAUUCAGAGACUUGUCCCGAAGCCACUCCUGCGUUGUCUUGGCUGUGUGCUUAGGGUCGUUAUCCUGUUGGAAUGUGAACCUUCGCCCCAGUCUGAGGUCCUGAGCGCUCUGGAGCAGGUUUUCAUCAAGGAUCUCUCUGUACUUUGCUCCGUUCAUCUUUCCCUCGAUCCUGACUAGGCUCCCAUUCCCUGUCGCUGAAAAACAUCCCCACAGCAUGAUGCUGCCACCACCAUGCUUCACCGUAGGGAUGGUGCCAGGUUUCCUCCAGACGUGAAGCUUGGCAUUCAGGCCAAAGAGUUUCUUGGUUUCAUCAGACCAGAGAAUCUUGUUUCUCAUUAUGUGAGAGUCCUUUAGGUGCUUUUGGCAAACUCCAAGAGGGCUGUCAUGUGCCUUUUACUGAGGAGUGGCUUCCAUCUGGCCACUCUACCAUAAAGGCCUGAUUGGUGGAGUGCUGCAGAAAUGGUUGUCCUUCUGGAAGGUUCUCCCAUCUCCACAGAGGAACUCUGGAGCUCUGUCAGAGUGACCAUCGGGUUGUUGGUCACCUCCCUGACCAAGGCCCUUCUCCCCCGAUUGCUCAGUUUGGCUGGGCGGCCAGCUCUAGGAAGAGUCUUGGUGGUUCCAAACUUCUUCCAUUGAAGAAUGAUGGAGCCCACUGUGUUCUUGGGGACCUUCAGUGCUGCAGAAAUGUUUUGGUACCCUUCCCCAGAUCUGUGCCUCGACAUAAUCCUGUCUCGGAGCUCUACGGACAAUUCCUUCGACCUCAUGGCUUGAUUUUUGCUCUGACAUGCACUGUCAACUGUGGGACCUUAUAUAGACAGGUGUGUGCCUUUCCAAAUCAUGUCCAAUCAAUUGAAUUUACCACAGGUGGACUCCAAUCAAGUUGUAGAAACAUCUCAAGGAUGAUCAAUGGAAACAGGAUGCACCUGAGCUCAAUUUCGAGUCUCAUAGCAAAGGGUCUGAAUACUUAUGUAAAUAAUGUAUUUCUGUUUAAAAAAAAUUAUAAAUGUGAUAACAUUUAUAAAUCCUGUCUUCAAUGUGUCAUAUGGGGUAUUGUGUGUAGAUUAAUAAGGGAAAACAAAUAUUUAAUCCAUUUUAGAAUAAAGCUGUAACGUAACAACCUGUGGAAAAAGUCAAGGGGUCUGAGUACUUUCCGAAGGCGCUGUAUAUGGUAUAUAGACUAUACACUACAGUAUAGAUAAUACUGCUGCAUCCUGGAGUCUCACGUUAGUGAAGGGAUGUGACCUUGUUCUAAAAAUCAGCAUACAGCCUGCUGACAUGACCUUGAAUAUUCUACUGCGACACACACACACACACACACACACACACACACACACACACACACACACACACACACACACACACAUACACAUACACACACAUACACACACACACACACACACACACACACACACACACACACACACACACACACACACACACACACACACACACACACAUACACACCGUUGUCCCCACACACACACUUGACACAAUCAAGGUGAAGCCACUUCAAUAAUUAAACCUGUCUAUAUUUUUUUUUGCCUAACCAUCUGUUUUUCACAGCUAACCCCUGACUGUGUUCCAGACAAGGUAUUGGUGGACUCAAGGCCCCUAUGAAGUCUACUAAACGACCAUCUACCACUAAAACUAUCUCUAACCUGCUGUGUGUUCAAACAGGGUCUUGGUGGACUCAAGGCCCCUAUGAAGUCUACUAAACGACCUCUAACCCCUGACUGUGUUCUAACAGGGUAUUGGUGGACUCAAGGCCCCUAUGAAGGCCACUAAACGACCUCUAACCCCUGCUGUGUGUUCUAACAGGGUAUUGGUGGACUCAAGGCCCCUAUGAAGUCUACUAAACGACCUCUAACCCCUGACUGUGUUCUAACAGGGUAUUGGUGGACUCAAGGCCCCUAUGAAGGCCACUAAACGACCUCUAACCCCUGCUGUGUGUUCUAACAGGGUAUUGGUGGACUCAAGGCCCCUAUGAAGGCCACUAAACGACCUCUAACCCCUGCUGUGUGUUCAAACAGGUAUUGGUGGACGCAAGGCCCCUAUGAAGGCCACUAACGACCUCUAACCCCUGCUGGUGUGUUCAAACAGGGUCUUGGUGGACUCAAGGCCCCUAUGAAGUCUACUAAACGACCUCUAACCCCUGACUGUGUUCUAACAGGGUAUUGGUGGACUCAAGGCCCCUAUGAAGGCCACUAAACGACUCUAACCCCUGACUGUGUUUCUAACAUGGGUAUUGGUGGACUCAAGGCCCCUAUGAAGGCCACUAAACGACCUCUAACCCCUGACUGUGUUCUAACAGGGUAUUGGUGGACUCAAGGCCCCUAUGAAGUCUACUAAACGACCUCUAACCCCUGACUGUGUUCUAACAGGGUCUUGGUGGACUCAAGGCCCCUAUGAAGGCCACUAAACGACCUCUAACCCCUGCUGUGUGUUCUAACAGGGUAUUGGUGGACUCAAGGCCCCUAUGAAGUCUACUAAACGACCUCUAACCCCUGCUGUGUGUUCAAACAGGGUAUUGGUGGACUCAAGGCCCCUAUGAAGUCUACUAAACGACCUCUAACCCCUGACUGUGUUCUAACAGGGUAUUGGUGGACUCAAGGCCCCUAUGAAGGCCACUAAACGACCUCUAACCCCUGACUGUGUUCUAACAGGGUAUUGGUGGACUCAAGGCCCCUAUGAAGGCCACUAAACGACCUCUAACCCCUGCUGUGUGUUCUAACAGGGUAUUGGUGGACUCAAGGCCCCUAUGAAGUCUACUAAACGACCUCUAACCCCUGACUGUGUUCUAACAGGGUAUUGGUGGACUCAAGGCCCCUAUGAAGGCCACUAAACGACCUCUAACCCCUGCUGUGUGUUCUAACAGGGUAUUGGUGGACUCAAGGCCCCUAUGAAGGCCACUAAACGACCUCUGACCCCUGACUGUGUUCUAACAGGGUAUUGGUGGACUCAAGGCCCCUAUGAAGGCCACUAAACGACCUCUAACCCCUGCUGUGUGUUCUAACAGGGUAUUGGUGGACUCAAGGCCCCUAUGAAGGCCACUAAACGACCUCUAACCCCUGCUGUGUGUUCUAACAGGGUAUUGGUGGACUCAAGGCCCCUAUGAAGUCCACUAAGCCGUGGAACAACCGACGCUUCAUUGGCACCUUCGACGUGGAGAACACCACUAAGGGAGACUCUGGACGCUACCGGUGCAUUGUCCACUCUGACAAAGGAGUCGGGGUGUCCAACUAUGGAGAACUGACCAUAAAA